GAAAUAUGCUAAGAAAAAGAAGAUUCUUUAUUUUUGUUUUUUUGAUUUUGACCAUCACAGUGUUGUUUUAUUCAGAAAAAGUUAGAAUAAAAACAAUGAAGACUUCAAAAGAAGCAAAAUCAGACACAUCCCAUAUUACAGGAAAUAUGUUGACAACAGGAAAAAAGGAUUACACAAAAAACUUUCUUUAUAUUGUGAAUUCUGAUCAAUGCAUAAGAGACUAUCUUGUGGAAACAGACAUGUUUGGGGACCCAGAGAAUUUGGACGUGUUGGUAUUGAGUUAUAAAACUCCCUGCGAAGACUUGAAGUUAAACCAUGUUAAAUACAUAUUUGGCCCAAAUACAACUUGGGCAUCAGGAAGAAACAGUGCUUGGACAUAUGCGCAGAAACAUCUUGGGAAAUACUUGUAUUAUGUUUUCCUUGAUGAGGAUAUCAUACUGAAACCAACACUACCAAGAAUUCUGAGUAAAGAUGCACUGAAUAAACUGAACCUGAAUAUUUCCAUACUGAGACAAUUUGAAAAUUUUCUACUGGAUACACGACCUGCUGUUGGUGCGCCUCUACGAUCAGUGUUUGACCCUUUGGGUAUUUACGACUUUGACGAGUGUUGCCAAGGAGAAGACAAUCAUGACAAACUAUGGAAUCUCACAGAACGAAUCCCAAUGAUACGAUUUGAUGAGUGUUUUGCAGCAUUCCAUAAUAAAGCUAUUGGGUAUAUAAUGCCAAUAGAUGUACAAUAUGACGCAAUAAGUUGGUGGGGAGCAGGACGGUACAUCAACAUGAAAUCAUACUAUUAUUUUCACCGUCAGCUUGCACGAUAUACUCCCAUGACUGUACAUAAUCCCCAGCAUAAAGCUUAUCCCCAAGGAAUUAUUCCAUAUGUGGAUAUAAUUAAUAACAUCAGAUUCAAAGUUCCAAUGUCUUAUAGAAAUUCAACAAUCUUCAUGCAGGAUCUUAAAAUUAUGGCUGGUGAUGGAUGGUUAAGGCAUAUUCAUAUUCAUCCAUUGAAACCAACUUUUGAAUUAGCUCCUAUAAAUGAUGAAAUACUUCCUUUCAAAUAUAUUAACAC